GAUUAGGGUAGCAAAACAUGGCGGAUGCUGUAGAAGAGUUUGAAUCGUCCAGUUGUCAUACAACAAUCGAGCUUGAAUCAGUCGGGACUGGAACACCAAACAGUUUAUGUAGUACUCCGGACAUUGAGAUAAGAGGGAAUGAAAAUUGCUCUACCAGUAAUUCAAAACAGCCAUCCAAAUCCGACGACUCUUUUGCGGGCAAUUGCCAGUUCGGUGUCUCAUCUCACGAAACUAGUUUUGGUGUCUUGCAUCAUAAAAAGAGAGAACUAGGAAAUAUCGAAGCUUGUUCUUCACAAGAAAACUGUAGAGAGUAAGUAUGUUAUUAUUACUCAUUCAAUAUGCCUUCCCAUCACUAACAGGUACCCUAGAAAGUCCCCAAAGCACCCGUUGCCUUCGCUGUACAAGUUUCAGAUCUUGUUUAUUAAAAGCUUCUUAUUUUUUCCCCUUCUUAGGAAGGCCAGGCAGGAGUCGAAAGAUGUUACAACUGGGGGUACAAGAACUGUAGAAUGCAAAUGGAUUUCCUGUAAUGUAAUGGUUAAAAAUGCCUCGGAGUUAUCGGAACAUGUAAAGACCGCUCAUGUUGAGCCAAUGGCUUCUCAUGAUGUGUUUGUGUGUUUGUGGGAAGGCUGCAAAGUGUUUGACAAACCGAGUUUAUCACAUUCAUGGCUAUCAAAACACGUCAACGCACACACGGGUGUUAAACCCUUUAAGUGUAUGAUAAGUGGAUGCUCAUUGACAUUUUCGUCCCGAGAGGGCCUUGCUAGACAUGUACCAUCGCACUUCAACGACUCAAAACCAUCGAAAAGACAGAGAUCGGAAAACGAUUCGUCGCCUAAAAAAGUGAUGAAAAAGAAGAAGAAGAAAUUGAGGAUUGUCCGGCAAGCAAGACCUCCAGCUCAAGGUUGGUCUGCUUCGUCUAAUGUUGUUGAAUAUUUCACUUUUGGAAGGCUAUCAUAGCGGAAUUCUAAUUGUACAAAAUUCCGUUUCAGAAUUUUUCUUCUUCCCCCAAAGGAAAAAGAAAAUUGAUUCAAAUUAACAUAAGAAAAUAUGCGGGAUGAGAUUACGAACUUUGACUCAGGCAAUCUCAACACUUUUGUGACACCUGUGGGCAAAUAGUUGUUGGGAGGGCUAAGCCCUGAGCCGACUAUCAGAGAAAGUAGCAGAAAUCAAGAGGUUCCUUUGUGCUACACAGCAUGGGCAGUGGGAAGGCCUCUUCAAAGUGAUUUUAUGGUGAAACCCUUAAUACAGACACUAACUGAGUGAUAGAAAGUGUCUAUUUUAUCAGGGUGUCUGUUUUAACUGGGUUAAAUUUAAAGAAAAUGUAAGGGCUUUCUUUCCCCAGGGACAAAGCAAACUGUCUGAAAUAAUGAGGUGUUGGUAUUAUUAAAGCGCGUGUCCAUAAAGCAGGGUUUAACUGUAAUAAAUAAGUUUAUUUAUUUUGUUUGAAAAAUAAAUCUCUAAGGGGCUUGCAUGCAGUUUCCUUGUGUAUGGGCAAGAUAAAUGGCUGUAACGAAAAGGAAUGAAACCCCUUUCUAAUACAACUAUAUUAGAGAAGGCCAAACUGCUGACUGAACCAAAUGUCAGGAAUGUUAACUCGAGAAAGUCAUUGUAACCAGAUAGCACCAUUAGUUGUAUUUUGAUGAGAUGGGUCAAUUUUUUUAUGCUUAUUAUUGCAGUGAAGGAGGACUUCAUUGACCAACAUGCUGUAUCAAGUAUAAAAGAAAAGCUCCCAUAUGUAAUGCCUGUAUCAUGCUAUAGAUUGGGCAUAGAUGGUGCAAACAUUGUCUUCCAGAGCAAGGUUAGUGGUAUCACCCUGUCCCUUAAUGCCAUUUAAACAUGUGGUGGUUAUGUAAACAUCCACUUCGAGUUGGCCCGUCAAACUGUUCUUGCAACAUAUCAAAAGAAACAGAAUAUUACAUGUAGUUGGGUGAGAUGAAAAAUUGAUUUCUUUUUGGUUGUGUAAAUCAUUAUGUACUGUUUAUGUUGUGUUCAUGUUAUGCCAUAAUAGGGAGUACUGCUGUGUGAAGAUUUUUAAAGACAAGUCUUCUCUUCUUGACAGAAGGAAGAUUUGGCUGUUAGGACAUUACAUUGCAAAAAAAAUAUUAGCUAAAACCACCAAAUUCUUGAAAGUUAUGCAGAGCUUUUGGAACCCAUCUAGAUCCCUUCAUCAGUGAUGUUCACUGUUAUUUGCAGCCUCGGUUUGAUGACCAUUAUCUCCUCUUGUUGCAACAUAGUGUUAAACAAUGAACCUUUGCCAAUAUUAUUCAUUAUUUUGUACCUGCUUAUCAAUUUCAAACUUAAAGCAAUGUUUUGCAAAGUUUGUGGAUUCCAUGAAUGGUUUUAAAUCCCCAUCUAAAUUAUUCUGGCAAUGCACUCUUUUAGACAGGGCUCUUUUAGCAAAUAUAACAUUUUUGACAUCUCUACCUUUUGAGAACUUAUCGUGCUAACACUUGACAUGAAUAUGAAUUCUCUUCACUUAGCAGUUCAAGUUAUGAUCACACACAGGUGUUUCCAACAGAAGCUGUUGGUUUCCUAGCUUAUAGUAAAUGAGAGCAAUGAAAGAGGUAAUGUUGAUGUUAAUGCUUUCAAUAAAUGGCAGGUACUUGGACGAAGAACUGAAGAGAAGUCAGGGAACAUAGACGUUCUUCUAAGAUGGUUACCUGAAGACAUGUAAGUUUGUGUAGAAAGAAAUUUCUCAUUAUUUUGUUUUAACUUAUUAUUAUCAUCAUCAUUGUUAUCAUUAUUAUUACUAUUAUUGAUUUGAUGUUAUUAUUAUUAUUAUUGUUACUAUUAUUAUAUGUAAGUUUGUGUAGAAAUAAAUUUCUCAUUUGUUUUAACUUAUGAUUGUCAUUUUUAUUUUUAUUACUAUUAUUGAUUUAAUAUUAUAUUAUUACUAUUUUUGUUACCAUUAUUAUUAUAUUAUUUUUUAAAAGGUGGUCACUCACACUCUAAGUCCUAUACUGAUGGCAAGUUGACAAAAACAACACGGACUUAAUUCAAUAAGGGAAAAGAAACAAACAAUACUGAUCACUCAACAACGUGAUGGCCCUACCUCAUCGUAUUUUAACUGCACAGAAUGUUGUUUCAUUCUUUGGCAUGCACAAAUCUAGUAUCUUGAGAUUUCUGAAAGAAAAAAUGCUCUUAACUGAUGGCAUUCAUUGUGACCUUAUGAAUCGUUCCUGACAUACAUUGUAGAUUACAACUCAAAUUUUCCUUCUGGUUUAGUUACUUAACUGAUGACAUUCAUUGUGACCUUAUUAAUCGUUCCUGACAUACAUUGUAGAUGACACCUCAAAUUUUCCUUCUGGUUUAGUAACUUAACUGAUGAAAUUCAUUGUGACCUUAUUAAUCGUUCCUGACAUACAUUGUAGAUUACCAAAAGCAAUUAUUUUGCCACAUUAUUUUUCAGUUGUGUUUAAUUUGUGAUAUUGAUAUUUAUGAAGACAGUUAUUUUAAUCCGCGAGGCAAUUAAAAAUGUCAACCAAGUAGACCCAGUUUAUGCAAAAAAAUGGAAAAAAGAAUGAGAGAUUUUUAGUCUCUUGGGCUUCCGCCCUCCUUCAUGGCGGCUUCGUCGCUCACCUCUCGUGCGCUUUCUAUCUACUGUCACUCAAACUUUUUCAGGCGCGCAAAGCGUGAGAGGGAGAUUCUUUAUGUUUUCUGCGGGAAAAGGGGCCCUACUACCGGAACCGGAAACGAGAAGCGACUGACUUUGAGAAAGUCUUUCUAGUCGUGUGUCUAGUAAUGUGAUGAAAUUUGAAUGAUAUUAAUUGACCUGUCAUACUUGGUUUACAGAUUGCCAGACGAAUGGGUUCCUUUAAACGAUGUCCAGAAGCAUAGAACACGCACAGUACACAUUUCUAAGCUUCCCAACGACGUAGCUGCCGAUCUAGAUCCUUCUUUCUACAGACGUCUUUCCCAUAGAAAGCAUCAUCGAAAAUAA